AUGGAUGAUGCCGCCGAGCGGCGCGCAGCCAGAGCAUACCUGGAAGGGAGGAAGCCGGUGUCGGAGAACUUCUACGCUGGAGAAGUGCUGUUUGUGGGAAAGGGCUUCUCCUGGAUCAAACUUCUUGACACACCUGGCGAGGAGGUGCCGGAGGCUGCACUCCAACAGCUCCGAGAGAUGACUGCGGCUGUCAAGAAGAAGCCGCGGGAUGCGAAGUUCCGGCACAGGACCAAGUUGGACGACACUGUGGAGCAUGUGGUCUAUGUCAGUGCUCUGGACCUGUCGGACAGAGCGCGGCCUCUGCGCUUGGGCACGCAGGUCAAGAUGAAGCUGUACUCCGACACCAAAGGUGUUGGUGGCGAGGCGGUGGAGGCCUGA